AUGGGUACACCAAUGUCGCCAUGGAAUGGGCGGCUGCGCUCUCACCACGUGAUCCCUCAAAGUUUGCCCAAGAGGAGGCUCCCUUCCCAGACCAAGAACCCGGAUGAGAAAGAGGAGCUCCAAACAUUGAAGAAGCCUCAAAGUUUGCCCAAGAGGAGGCUCCCUCCCCAGACCAAGAACCCAGAGGAGAAAGAGGAGCUCCAAACAUCGAAGAAGCAGGCUGCCCCCAAGAAGAUAACGAGAAGUCACCACGCUCGAGCUGCUGCACAGCAGCCGAGGGCGCCCUUACGCCAGUCGUCGCAGCUCGCUGGAAGAGACCCUGAGCAUCCAAUUGUGAUAGACGAUGAUGAACAUAAAGCCAGGGCUGAUCAAUCAGCAAUUACGCCUCUUCGCAGAUCCCCACGAUUCCAUGUGGAAGAUAAGAGUUUGGGCAAGUCACUGUUGCCACCAAAUCGCCGGGAGACCUCUGCUAGCAGAAAGACUAAAACAGCUCAUAGGAAAGACAAAAAUCAAGAGAGCCUGAAAAGGAAUAGGGGAAGUGCUGGAUUUCCUCCUAGGAAAGAUAUUUCAGAUGUAUCUAACAAAAAGAGUGACAAGCAAGAGUUAAAGCCCAAUCAUUGUAAAGUUCAGACAGGAAAGAGGAAGAGAGGAACAGAAAGGAGGGUGUCAUCGAAGAAGCAAAGUUGCCAGGACCCCGAACCAUUGCCUGCGUAUUGCCAAGAAAUUGCACCUCGCAAUGAACCCAUAAAAUCCACCCACAGAAGGAUUGAAAAGGACCCUUCUAUUGAGGUGAAGCUUAAAGUUGGUGAUGAGAGGUUGACAAACAUUGAUGAAAACAUCAACAAGCCAAGUGGGACUGAGAGAGAAGGAAUGGGAAAAUUUUGUGGUUCUGAUGAAUGGACAAAAGAGCAGGACAUGGCAUUGCGCAAAGCUUACUUCAGUGCCCGACCAUCCCCACAUUUCUGGAAGAAAGUUUCAAAAAUGGUGCCAGGGAGAUCUGCUGAAGACUGCUUCAACAGAAUAUAUUCUGACCUCUCAACACCGACUCCAAUUGGCCCACGUCCCAGAACAAGUAAAACAGCAUAUUCUCCUAUAGGAAAUUUCACAUUGUCUGAUCCAAAACUUCCAAAUAUCUUGGAACCUACAGUCGGAAGGCGAAAGACUGCUAAACAGAAGAGUCUAGUAGCACAGAAGACAGUGAAGCAUUUGUUGCAGAAGCAUUGCCGCAUUGACCAAGCUCAAGAGGCUGACCACUUCUCAAUUUUUGAAAGCUCACCAAGUGCGUUACAAUUGAACUUAUCUUUUGAAGAUUCUCCUGGGACUCCUGACAGUUGUAUGAAUUCAGCUUCUCUAGGAAAGAUCAGUGGAAGUUCUUCAGCACGAAAGAAACCAUUUUCAAGGUUAAGAACUAAGCCAUCUGAACCGAGCCCAGCAGUCCUAAAGCCUAUAAAGAAUGUUAUCUUACAUGAGAAGUACAUUGAUCAAUUGGCACGUAGAGAAGUCACAAAAAGGCCUCGCAGAAGGACUCCAGCAGGCUCUAAAGCUGCUGAUUCUGGGAAUUCUCUUUCUGAGCAGCAAGCUGGUAGUGUGAAGGCUGCUAAAAAUGCUCUCAUCUCAGAAGCAACUGACUUCAUAAGCAGUUUUAAGACGCUGCAAGCCAAUUCCCUUGCGCAUGUUGUGGAGAAUAGUGAAGACGAGAUUGAAUGUGAUGCCAGUGAUUGGAGCCAUGAUGAUAAAGAAUAA